AUGGGCAGAAGCCUUUGCAGGUCUGUUAUGCCUUUACCAUUAAUUAGGAACAUGACUCUGCCUUCUUGGUUUCAUGUUAUUGGGCUUUCACCAGAUUAUCAGGAAGACGAAGGUAGAAGUACAUGGGCAGCAGAAAAUGUAAAAGCUUUAAUAGAUCAAGAGGUUGAGAAUGGCAUUUCUUCUAACAGACUUAUUUUGGGAGAAGUUUCUCAGGGAGGAGCCUUAUCUUUAUACUCUGCUUUGACCACUCAGCAGAAACUGAUGGGUGUCACCACACUUAGUUGCUGGCUUCCUCUUUGGGCUUCAUUGCUACAGGUUCCUAAUAGUGGUAUUAACAAAGAUAUUUCUAUUCUGAAGGGCCAUGGAGAUUGUGACCCUUUAAUUCCCCUAAUAUUUGCUUCCUUUACUGUUGAAAAACAAAAAUCGUUGGUAAAUCCAGCCAGUGUAACCUUCCAAAUCGUGAAGGCAUGAUGCAUAGUUCAUGCCAACAGGAAAUGAUGGAUGUCAAAC